AAUCUUUGCAUAGAUUAAUUACACUUGAUCUCUACAUCGGAGAGUGGAUGCACACGUGCGUAGAAAUGGCGGAUUACGAGAAGUGCGGAGACUGUUCGGUCGAUUCUGGCGAGGAUAAACAGAAAGGCGUUUGUCUCAUAAAAAAAGAAUUUGUUAUCGAGGAUCACUUGAGACAGUUAAACGAACAACACUUGACAGAGAUAGAUAAGGAGAAAAUAUCUGUAAGCACAGAAGAUGCAGAUACAUCAGCAUUGGAUGAAACACCUGUUAAGAAGUUCAAAUUGGAUGACAAGAAGGAAAAGCUUAAGGGUCAAAAUAAGGCCAGACCGGUUCCAUUCAAAAUCUCCAGGGAAUUGCACCUGUGUCCUUGGAUUGCGGAUCAAACAGUGGAUGAACCUGAAAAGAAAUGCCUAAAUCAACGCUGUACGUUUUUGCAUAAUCGGAAGGAGUAUUUGAAAAUUCGACCAAAAGACAUUGCUACAGAAUGCCAUCUUUUCAAUUUGACUGGCAGAUGUCCAAGAGGCAUUACAUGCAGAAUGGGCUUGCGACAUAUAACCGAGGAUGGCUUUAACAUUAUUGACGAGGAGAAAUUCGAGGAAUAUAUAAACCGCCCACCAGCCAUAAAAAAUCACUUAUCCAAAGAUUUACAAAAUAAAUUGCGCAAGCGCAACUUUGAUUUCUCAAAGACGGAAGCGAUCGUCAAAGUUAACGAUCCAUCUAAAAACAAGACACAACUAUAUAGUUCAGAUAAUGAAAUAGAGGACAAAAUACAAACGAAUAAUUUUAACUCUGAUAACUCACAUAAUGAUAUGAAGGAAUUGAAACUCGGACCUGUGGACGACAGCGAUUUAAUUAAAUUACGACAGACAGAAAAGAAGAGGCUUGACUGGAAUGGCAAAAUAUUGCUGAGUCCUUUAACCACAGUGGGCAAUCUGCCGUUUCGAAGGAUUUGCAAAGAGUAUGGGGCUGAUAUCACCUGUGGCGAGAUGGCAUUGGCCCCAAAGAUUCUGAAAGCCGCACAAGAAGAAUGGGCGUUAGUAAAGCGACAUGAGAGCGAAGAUAUUUUUGGUGUACAGCUUUGCGGCAAUAAUCCAGGAGUACUAACGCGAUGCGCCCAAUUGUUGAAUCAGGAGAUCGACGUGGACUUCAUCGAUUUGAAUCUCGGUUGUCCAAUCGAUCUGAUUUACAGAAAGGGCGGCGGCAGUGGUAUGCUUAAUCGAUUGCAUGUACUCGAGAGCGUAGUAAAGUCUAUUAGUCAAGUGUUGGACAUACCGUUAACUGUUAAGACCAGAACUGGAGUCUACAUAGAUAAACCGAUUGCGCAUAAAUUGAUGCCGAGAUUUCGAGACUGGGGUGCAUCUAUGAUUACUGUUCACGGUAGAUCCCGUGAACAAAGAUACACAAAACUGGCCAAUUGGGAGUACAUAGAGAAGUGCGCUUUGGCAGCACAGCCGAUACCCGUAUUCGGAAAUGGCGAUGUUCUGUCCUUUGAUGACUAUCAGCGAAUGAAAAAGAUCUGCGGUACAGUGCAAGGCAUCACUAUCGGACGCGGAGCGUUGAUUAAGCCAUGGAUCUUCACCGAGAUAAAAGAGAGAAGAUUGAUCGAUAUCUCGAGCACAGAGAGAUUCGAUAUUCUCAAGAAGUAUGCAAAUUAUGGGCUUGAACAUUGGGGAUCCGAUACACGUGGCGUCGAAACCACCAGAAGAUUCAUGUUGGAAUGGAUCUCUUUCCUUCAUAGAUAUGUUCCUGUGGGAAUUCUAGAAAGGCCACCACAAAGAAUUAACGAGAGGCCGCCAUUCUACAGAGGUCGCGAUGAUAUGGAGACAUUGAUGGCCAGUUCCAAUUGCGCCGAUUGGGUGAAGUUAUCCGAGAUGUUACUCGGAAAAGUGCCUGAUGGAUUCAAUUUCUUACCAAAGCAUAAGGCAAAUUCGUGGAAGUAAAAUCUGUUACAGAAAAAAAUUAUAGAGAAACAUUGUCGAAUAAUGUUCUUAUACAAUUCUUCGUAACAAGCGAAUCAUAAGAGAAAGAAGGAUUGAUCAUGGUAAAAUGUAAUGUUGA